ACACUGCUGUCGCGCCUCGAGAACACAUGAUGACCGUUUCAUGCUACAACAUGCCCAGGGUACGUGCCGUCCGUACCAUCGCGAAGCCCCCAUUUUUUUCAACAUCAGGAAGAUCCAUUUUCUUGGAAUUUUUUGUUCCGUUGUCCGGCGAUUUGCCUGGCAAAUGCGUUGGCACGUUGGGCCGACAGUAACACAUCAUCAUCACCUACAUAGCUAUACUCCACCCUUUUCCACCGAGAGCUAGCAAGAGUACCUUCACCAUCUUUGGCGAACCGGCCUGGGAUAUCUGCCACAAGGCACGUGUUUAAAAGUUUCGUACCUCUCCCUCCAUUGUCGCCUCCACUGCUGCAAGUACAUGAGCAGCAGUGCUCUCUGUGUAAAAUCCAACAGCUACCUCCGCCGCGCUGGACAUUACCACCACCAGCGCAACAUGUCUGUCGUGAAGGUCGUUCCUGGAAAGGAGUCUGAUGCCAGCGGGAGUGGUGUUGAGGGUGAUUCGGAACAGGAUUCACCAGUGGGACUUCAAGUGGGGAGCGGUGAUGUCGAGCUCGCGCUGGGGCACCCGUCUCUGAAGCCGUCCCUGGAAUCGACGAGCCCUGCACCCGACACCAUCGAAGAAUUCAAAACACAGGGUGGAGAUUCGACUGUACACAGGGACGCACGGCCGACAGCUACGAUGACUCCCACGCGGGCCCGUGCCGGCCCUGUGGUGAACUUCACCCCUGGUCGCCCGCCAUCCUUCCACUUCAAGCAGCUCUUCGGACAAGCGGAGAGUAAUGACGAGAAAGAGUCAUCCGGUGUCUUCCCGACUCUGGCGGCGCGGUCCACACCCCCCCCUCGUCCGGUCCACAGCCCUCCUUCGGUGGCUCUCGCCUACACCUCUCCGUACUCAUCUCGCCGAGGGUCCAGGGAGAGGAGGAGGAUUGCUUCGCAGGAGUCGCUGUCGGCGGCCCUGCAAGCUGACGAGAGGGGAGCCGCCACUCCGAGAAGCUCUGCGGGCUACUCAACCGGUAAGUUUACCGACCUUGGGAUGGCUCCGGCUUCGACCGUUGCGUCCAUCGCUGCCAGCUUCCGGUCGGCGCCAGGCGGAGGAGCUCCGCUAGGGACGCCCACCUCUUCGCAACAAGCCGCUGCGAGAUUCUCGCCGUCUUCGGCGGCAGCAAUGCCGCCGCCCGCAGGCGAGCCGUCGGUGGUGUCGGCGAUCUCGGCGGUGCUGGAUGCCCCUGGAGAGCAGGGCAACGGCGGCGGCGACGGCGGAAGCGGUUUCCAAGUGGUGGCCAAUGGCGGUGUGACUCGGUCGGCGGCGGCAAGAUCAUCACCAUUAUCCACGGCAGACCCUUCCUCUGACCAACCACGAGGGGUGGAGACCGCGGCGGCGGUGACUCCCGCUGGUGGUGCCGACCAGCAGCAGCAACAAAAGGAGGGGACCACCACCACGAUGACGCCGUCCGCCCAGCAGGCCACAGCAGCGAAGGGCCAACCACUCCCCCCCGUCACCGAUGUUGGCAUAGGCGAAGAAGAACGACCCCAGCAGCAGCAAAAGCAACAGCAGCAGCAACAGCAGCAGCGCGUGCUUUCACCUGUUCCACCUUUUGAUCCAACAGUAGAUGAUGCUCCGUCACCAUCUUCCCCCCAGGCCCGAAGGAGCGUCAGCCUGAAGGCCGCCUCGGGGGUCGCGGGUACCCACGAGGGUGAGAGUGAUCGAGCGGCAACGGUUAGCGCCACCACCACAACAGCAGCGGCAGCGGCAGCCCAGAGGGCAGAGGGCGUUGAGGUUGUCAGCGUCGCUAUGUCUGACCGGGGCGCCGGCCAGAGAAAGAGGCGUGGAACUUUCGCCAAGGCGCUGUCGAGCAGUAUGUCUGCGGGUGACUUCCUGGGUCGUUUCCGCACCAAGAAAUCGUCGGCGACGCCCGCGGUAUCCCGUGGUGUCAACGGCAAUGCAACCGAUGCGGCAGCCAGCGGCAACAGGCGCUCAUCGCGCCCGAUUUUCCGCGACCGGGCGUCCACGAAGCGCAGGCUUUCUGCGCCCCCGCGUGCCGCCGCGGCGGCAGCAGCAGCAGGGGCGUCGACAAAGCAAGCCGCCGAUGUCAAACAUCAGCAGCACCAGCAGCACCUGCAGCAGCCUAAGGAGAAGGAAGACGGUGGUGCGGUGUCAUCAAAGCCGACCGCAUCAGCACCCCCCGCGGGCUCCGUGGCCACCUUCGGCGAUGAUAGCGGCGGUGGCGUGUCGGUGUCGGUGACGACCCGUGCUGCCGCGCCGGGCGGGGCGGAGGAAACGAAAUCGGAGGAGCCUGCGGAGCCGGUCGCGGACACUCCUAGAGCGGCGCCGGAGGAGGCCGUGGAGGAGGAGGCCGUGGAGUUGAAGGAGGAGACGAGGAAGGACGAAGUGAAGGAGGACGAGGAGGACAAGACUGGGGAAGAGAAGGAGGAGAAGAAGGUGGAAGAGGAGGAGGGGGAGGAGGAGCCCGAGGCGGUGGUGGCACGGACAAUGUCGCUCAAGGGGAUGCUGGAAUGCGGGCGUUCCCUGCGGAUGGAAGGCACCUUCCAAGGCGAUCUCAUCUCCACCGGCCGCGUGGUGGUGGCGCCUACGGGAAAGAUCAAGGGAGAUCUCAAGGGCCUCAAGUUCCUUCUCGUCGAGGGACAGGUUGUCGGAGACGUCGUGUGCGACGAGGUGAUGGUGGUUAACGAGGGCAAGGUGUUCGGAGACAUUUCCUCUGCCCGGGUCACCGUUGGGCCUCAGUCGACGAUACGGGGAAGACUCACCGUCGUCGAGGACAUGGACGAGCUCGCUCAACUGCUGUUGAGCGAAGAAGGCAAGCAAGAAGAAGCACCCAAGGAGGAGGAAGAACCACCCAAGAUGGAAGAAGAGAGCACCGCCGAGGAUUCCAGCGAAGUCGCUGCUUCUGCUGCUGCUGGUGAUGCUCCGGAGGACACAGCCGUGUCGGGAAAAGACGACGGCCUCGUCGAGGGCGCGAGUCGCGGCGUCACUACUUCUGAUGCCACUGGCACCGCUGCAGGCGAUGCUGACGCGGCCGCGGGUGAUGAUAAGGAGGCGGAGCCCGAGGCGGAGACGGAGUCGGACGAGGGUCAGGAGGAUCAGGAGUAUGCUGACAAGGAGGACGACUUGGAAGACGCGGCAGGCGUUGUUGCUAUUGCUACGGCCGACGCUGCCGGCAAGGCGGUGGAAGGGGGCGAGGUGGACACAGCUACGGCUGGCGUCGAGGAGGCCAUGGUCGUCUCGGUGAUGGAGCAGCACCCCAAGGACGGCGAGGGGGACGCUUGCACGCUGGUCACUCCGGAGGACUCCAAGGAAGACUUCGAGGACGCUAUGGAUGACCUGGCCGGGCUAAGCUUCGCGUGAGCGACAUCAACAGGAAAGUAUCACCGGCAUUUUUUUUGUGUCCUCUUGUGGUACAACCAGCCGUGACUAGUGGUAGGCGCUUCCCGUAGGGGCACGGGUGCGUUGUUGUCGUGCGGGGCGAGAGAGGUCCGGAGGGGGUGCGACCGACGUGCUGUUUCUGCCGGCUGUGGUUUGAAGAGUUGGGGCCUUUUGCAUGUCGAUCUGCAACAAGGCUUUCUACCUGCCCGGCACCCCCGUCCCCCCCCGUCCCCCCCAGCGUCGGAUAUUUUAGAGCACUUGUCGAAGUUUUGGUUUAUUCGCUCGUUGCGCUGGAAUCUGUUUGCAGGACGUUAUUUUUUACACGGGUAUCGCGGGUGAUUAAGGCAACACGGUGACCAAAUCUGUUGUACGCACCGUGCCAGACGUAAGGCGGGGAUGUCGUCCCCCGCCGCAGUAAUAGUUCGUUUCAGAACCACAUGUGUUGUUGUAUUGGCUUUCGUCAGACCCUGUAGUAGUAAAUAGUGUACAGAGUUGGAGUGUGUAAAGCACACCCAACUCGAUGUAACAACAUUUUUUCCGGGAGUUUGCGUGCGAUGCUGAAUCUCUAUGCUACUCCCAUAGAAGAAAGAUAUCUCCCCCCACCAUCCCAAGGGUUUUCGUAUGGCAAUUCGAGGCGUGUGUUCCGAUUGAGCGUAUCGCGAGCCCCUUGUGAGGGUAAGGUCGUUGGGAUAGAGAUUACUCAGGUUGUUGCGGUAGGCAGUAUUUGAAUCGUCGUUUGGUAAAGAGAUUUGUUGGCCCUUGGUCGUUGUUUGUUGGGAUGCUGUACGGUAGUAGAUGGGCAGUUGGCUAUCGGGUAGGAGGGUGCCCGUCCCUGAUCAGUGUCCAGCCUGGUAUGUACACGAACAUGCUACCUAUAGCGUUUUCGUUGUUUCUUCUGUUUGUUGUCGGGAGUUUGGUGGGCGUUUGUUAAUCCUGGUGCCUUUUGAGAGCGCGGCGAGAGUUCAUCAGGCCGGGAGUUUUCCCUGCAUCAAUGCAGGUUGUGUUGUCCUGCUGCUGAGACAGCAGUAACUUGAUGUCUUAGCAGUCACUUGCAGCGAUGUUUGUUCUUGCCGCCUCUGAGGGCGGGAGGGAUUUUGACUGCUGGUCAGGGAGGGUUGUAGGCGUGGUUGCAGAGAGUUUUCGAUGUUUCCGAAGGGAGAUGCAUGUUACUUGACUUGCCUUGUCUGCGUUGCUUGUUUAUAGUUUCGGCCGCUCCUGUCUUCCGUCUUGUGUUGUAUCAGUCAGUCGGGACGUAGUUUUUGUGCCUCCCGAUUGUAGACUAAAGUAGGUGAUGGUGGGUGCUUGCAUAAGAAAACGCACGGUAGGUGCGAUGAUUCGCAAAAGUCGAUGUGUUUGUGUUUGCGAUACGCGUGCUUCCUUGGGCAUGUUUAUAUAUAACUGUGUCAAAAGAAGUUCGAAUCUUUCGGCAGUACGAAAGGGACGGGGUAAGAAGCUUAGACAAAAUUGUCCCGACGAAGUCACCGCCGCCGUCUUGCUGUUUUUCCUGAUGUCUUGGUCCUCGUGUCGUUGUCGAUCAGCGUGUGGGGUUUUUCUUGUCUCCUCUGUCUCUGUCUUCGUCUGUUGUCCGUAGAUCAACAUACAUAGGCAGGCGUUUCCCUCGUUGCGCUCUGUACCAUGGUAUUGUCCCGCAGAGUGAAAAUGUUGUCGUGAUGUGCACCCUAGUUGGAGUUUGGCUUGCUCGUCCGCUUGCUUGUUGUCGUUGUUUCUUUCAUUCGGUCGUUUUUUCUCCUCAGCACAAGAUGAUCAUGUUUGCCGUGUAAAGUACGCCAGAUACACCCUUGAUUAGUGUGGAGGAGCGCCUGCAGUGCUACACGAAAGGCGAGCAAACGCUGUUUGUUGUGUGGGGCUCUUAGGGUUAGGGGUGGUCAUGUAUGUUCGAGUUGUUCUCGAGGCCCGAUCCGAUUACAACCGUUUCGUCGCGAUACGACGUUCUCGGUCCUUUUUCCCCGCCGUCGCUCUCGAUCGCGAGAUGGCACCGAGCGCGUGUCGAAGUAUAGACUACGAUACGAGCGGGUGCGUUGCAAUGACGUGACGGGGAGGUUGUUCGGAGGGAGAAACAGGAGCUGUAGGAUCAUAGUUUGGUAAUUGUAGAUGAAAUUGGUAGUUGAGCGCCCGCGUGCUGAUAAAUCGAUCGGUUCGUACGUAAAUCUGUGUUCCGUGGCCCAAUUUUGUGCAACAAGAACAACAGCAGCACAUCUGAGGGAAGAUCGAUGCUGUGUUUUGUGAACGCGGUGUACUAGUAAAGGCCAUGAUGAGCUUAAUCUGGUCGACGCCUUGUCCCCGUACGGGUGUUGCCAUGUGCAGUGGUCGAACUCCCGGCGUACUAGCUCGUUCUUCGGUUUUCCACAAGGCUUUUUGAAGGUGCCCCAAGCUAU